AUGACAACCUAUGUAGUCUACAGCUUUGAGAGCACCAUCGCGGAGUUUUUCAAUUCGAGCACUACAGUGACAAGACGGCAAUGCGAUGAAUUUGCAAUCUCUCUCGUGGGCGGAGUUUCUACUCCUUUAGAGAUGCAAGGGGUGUGUAGCUACACCGUGAGAGCGGGACCCGACAAGUCCAAGAUCAUCCAGUUCGGUGGGGAGGACUCUAUCAUUGAUAUGGGGAACAUUAGUAUUGCGAAGGCUGCUCACCCGAAUUCGUCGCUCGCUGCAAGUAUCUCGGGACCAUAG